GCGAACGAGAGAGAGAGAGAGAGAGAUGGGGAAAGCGGCGAAGGGAUCGAGAAAGGGGAAGAAGGCAUGGAGGGCCAACAUCAGCACCGCUGACAUCGAGGACUACUUCGAUAACACCACCAAGGAGGCACUCGCCGGUGUCUCCGCACCCCCGCAAUCCCUCUUCUUUGAGAACAAAUCCGAUGAUCUCCCGCCUAAGAGGAAGAUUGAGAAGAAAAGAGAGAAAGUUCUCAAUUACGAGUUGAUUCUUCAGAAAAAUGAGUUUGUUCAGCCUGUUCCAUCUUCUACUCUGAAGAAAUCAUCGAAGAGGAAGAAAGAGAAGGCCUGCGAGGAUAAAUCUCAAGCGCUGGUUACUUCUAAGGUCGACGAGGGUCUGGAUUCUGAAAACCUUGACUUAUGGAGUGAAAAAGAUGAAAUCAAUGGGAAGAUCAAAAAGGUAAAGUUCUAUGAAUCUUAGACAAUUAUGUAAUUGCAUGCCUAGUUGUGCUUUUAUUAAGGAAAUAGCAAACUGCAGGACAUUUUAUUUGUUCAAUGCUUUGGAAAGACCAAUGCGUUUGCUGGCGAAAUUAGAAACU